CCCCGAAUAAAACAAAAAUCAGUCUGCAGGAGAGGUGACAUAUUCUGUCCAUCUACCAAACUUUUUACAGUACGGUGAAACGAACGGAUUUGAGUCUGCACGAAGAGCCGUGCGCCCCUCGGGGACCUCGUGUGCACUUCGAGGAUGCACACUGCAAAAAAUACUCAUCACGCAGGUCAUUAGACAUGUAAUGAGUGAGAAAACGUCAAUUUUCCUUCUCUGAAAGUGAGAAUCGGGUGAGAUAUUGUGCCUUUUGUUUCCUGUGUGAAGCAGCCUUUUUUUCUUUUCUUUUCCGGACUCGAUCUUUCACAUCCUUUAAGGAGCUUAAUGUAUGUUGUACUUGUAUCCAUACGUACGCGAAAGAUUUUCUUUCUUUCUUUCCUUCUUUCCAGCGCGCAACAAUUGACCUGCUUAAUUUGACAGGAGGGGAAAUUGCCAAAUGGCUUUGGAGAAUCAAGAGUUUUUUUCCCCUUAAACGGGAUUUUCUUUUCUUUCUUUGCUUCUUUCUUUCUUUCGUUCUUUUUCAGGGUAUCUCUCGCUGAAGUCAUCCUCCGUUUCGUGCGCGGCAGCAACCAAGGACAGGAGAGCAUCAGCAGGGAGAGAGAAAGGUGCCUCCUCUCCUCUCCGCUCCUCUUCUCUCGUCUCCUCGCCAUUGCGCUCAUUGUGUCGCUGCUGAAUUGCUCGUCAGCGCGAUCGCUCCUGUGACCGGAGGCUGCUGGAAGAAGAGGAAGAAGAAGAAGAAGAAGCGGAGGGACACAAACACGGACAAACCUAUGCGUGGAUUUCGGCUUUUUUCCCCUUCGCCAAUGCAAAAGGAAAUAUGCAGCGAAGCUUCACCUUGCUCUACACCAGUUUACUGGGGAUAUGCCUGGGUUCGGGCUCAAGUUUCCCAAGUAACAUCAACAUAGGAGGAUUGUUCCCCAACGUUUCGCACGAAUAUGAGGUGUUCCGGUUCGCCCUCUCUCACCACCAGGACAUCCCCAAACUGGUGUCGCAUGUGGAUAUGGUCAUAAUGGGAAAUAGCUUCUCCAUGACAUAUGCCUUUUGCUCCCAGUUCUCCAAAGGUGUGUACGCCAUCAUUGGCCUCUAUGACAGGAAGACUGUAAACAUGCUCAUGUCGUUCUGCGGCGCGCUGCAUGUCUGCUUCGUCACGCCAUCCUUCCCCAUUGAGACCGCUAACCAGUUUGUCAUCCAGUUGAGGCCUGAACUCCAGGACGCUCUGGUGGGAGUCAUCGAGCACUAUGGGUGGAACAAGUUCGUCUACAUGUACAGCUCUGACUCAGGGCUUUCGGUGCUGCAGAAGGUUCUGGACACAGCGGCGGAGAAGAACUGGCUGGUGACCUCAGUCAACGUGGAGAGCAUGACGGGGGACUCCUUCAUGAAAGUGUUCAAAGACCUGGACAAGUGGAAAGAGGGGAAUAUUAUCAUUGAUUGUGAGACCGAGAGACUCACUGGCAUUCUCAAAGAGAUUGUAGAACAAGGAAAGAACGCAAAGAGCUUCCACUACAUCCUCGCCAACCUGGGUUUCCUAGACAUUGACCUGACAGACCUGAGGAAAGGCGGUGCCAACAUCACUGGAUUUCAGCUUGUUAACAACUCCGAGCCGAGCGUGAGCCGCAUCGUCCAGCAGUGGAUGGAGUUUGACAACAAAGACUCCAAAAUGCCCAAAACUGGACUCAAAUACAUGGGCGCGCUGACAUAUGACGGGGUGAAAGUCAUGUCCACAGCCUUCCAGUAUCUGAGAAGACAGAGGAUAGACAUCUCUCGCCGCGGCAAUGCUGGAGAGUGUCUCGCCAACCCGCCAGCCCCUUGGGGACAGGGCAUAGACAUCCAGAGAGCCUUGCAGCAGGUUCAAAUUGACGGAUUGACUGGUCACAUACAGUUCAACGAGAAGGGUCGCAGAACCAACUAUACUGUCUGUGUCAUGGAACUGGCCCCAUCUGGACCCAAGAAGGUUGGCUACUGGAAUGAAGAUGAGAAGUAUGUGAGCACAGCUAGCCUCUCAAGGGUCAAUAAUGACACACACGGACUGUUGAACAGGACAUAUAUAGUCACCACUAUUUUGGAGUCUCCCUAUGUGAUGCUAAAGAAGAACCACGAUCUGCUCGUAGGAAAUGAUAAGUACGAAGGCUACAUUGUAGAGCUGGCUGCAGAGAUAGCAAAGCAUGUGGGCUACCAAUACAAGCUUAAAAUUGUUUCCGAUGGCAAGUACGGAGCCAAAGAUCCUGAAACCCAGAAGUGGAAUGGCAUGGUUGGAGAACUGGUCUAUGACAAAGCAGAUCUGGCUGUCGCUCCACUUACUAUCACGCUAGUCCGUGAAGAGGUGAUAGACUUCUCCAAGCCCUUCAUGUCUCUUGGUAUUUCUAUCAUGAUCAAGAAACCCACAAAGUCCAAGCCUGGUGUGUUUUCCUUCCUGGACCCACUGGCUUACGAGAUCUGGAUGUGCAUCGUGUUCGCCUACAUCGGCGUCAGCGUCGUCCUCUUCCUCGUCAGUCGAUUCAGCCCUUACGAGUGGCACGCUGAAGACUACGAGGAGGGAGCCGAGCCUCAGACUCCCACGCAAGCGGCGGCCUCCAACGGCGUGCAGCCGAGCCAGACGCCAACGCAGCAGAACGCCAACCAGCAGAGUCCAGAACAGACCAACGAGUUUGGCAUCUUCAAUUCUCUUUGGUUUUCGCUCGGCGCCUUCAUGCAGCAGGGUUGUGAUAUCUCACCACGCUCUCUGUCUGGUCGCAUUGUCGGUGGCGUCUGGUGGUUCUUCACCCUGAUCAUCAUCUCCUCCUAUACGGCCAACCUGGCUGCCUUCCUGACCGUAGAGAGGAUGGUGUCUCCUAUAGAGAGCGCCGAGGACCUGGCUAAGCAGACGGAGAUCGCCUACGGAACGUUAGAUGCCGGUUCGACGAAAGAGUUCUUCAGGAGGUCAAAGAUCGCUGUGUUUGAGAAGAUGUGGUCCUACAUGAAGUCCGCUGACCCGUCAGUGUUUGUCAAAACAACAGAUGAGGGAGUGAUGCGGGUCAGGAAAUCCAAAGGCAAGUACGCCUACUUGCUGGAGUCCACGAUGAACGAGUACAUAGAGCAGAGGAAGCCAUGUGACACGAUGAAGGUGGGAGGAAACCUGGACUCAAAAGGUUAUGGGAUUGCCACGCCCAAGCGCUCCCCUCUAAGAAACCCAGUAAACCUGGCAGUAUUAAAACUGAACGAGCAAGGCCUCUUGGACAAAUUGAAAAACAAGUGGUGGUACGACAAAGGAGAGUGCGGCAGCGGGGGAGGGGACUCCAAGGACAAGACAAGUGCUCUGAGCCUCAGCAAUGUGGCAGGAGUCUUCUACAUCCUGAUUGGAGGCCUGGGCCUGGCCAUGCUGGUGGCACUGGUGGAGUUCUGCUACAAGUCCCGGACCGAGUCGCGCCGAAUGAAGCAGUCCAUCAACGAUGCCAUGCGCUGCUCCACCUUGACCAGGAUGAGUGGUAACGGGAGCGGAGGAGAGAACGGACGAAUCCUCACCCAUGACUUCCCCAAGACGGUUCAGACGCUGCCCUGUAUGAGCCACACCGCCAGCAUGGGACUGGGAACCUCCGGCUGUGAUCACCAUCUCGUCCCGCUGGGAUCUCGGGACCGUCAGGGUGGGGUGGGGGGCAGAACGGGAGCACUAAAAAUCAUGGCCGUCUGGUUUUAGACCAACCUACUCUCCUGGCUGUCAAUGUGCUCGACUUAAAAAAGAAGAAAAAAAUGAUGAUAAUAAUUAAGACUUGAACUUACUGCCAAAAUGCACUCUCCAAACCGCUCCCAAAUAAACUAUGAACAGCAACUCCACAUUUUUUUUUAAUAAAUGGAUGUUUAAAAAAAAAGAAAGAAAGAAAUGUGCUGCAAUAAAAAAAAUAAAAA